GGCUUCAAAAACGGAGGUGGAACAGGACUAGAAGACAGACGCGGACAAGACUUGGGAACUCUUUCUAUCUUCCGCACAUUUAUCGCGUCCCAAGUUCCUACACAGAAGAAUGCGUCGAUAACAACGUCGACGUCGUUCAAAUAGUUGCAGCAGAUUCUUGACGACUUUUUUCCCCCUUUUUUUUUCUCCCAAAAUGUUUUGACAAACGUUUAAAAAAAAAAAAAUUCAAGACAUAUCAGCCACUUCGGAACAGUUCUUAAUCGAGCAUUGGAGGGAGAAACCAUGUCACUGCUGUCUGGGCUGCUGCUGAUGUUGGCGAUACUGCUGGGGGCCAACACGCAGACCGGGGCCGACCGGCACAUCGACCCUGAGUCAUGGCUGCAACAAUACGGCUACCUUCCCCCGGGCGACAUGCGGACCCACAGCCAGCGCUCACCGCAUUCCGUGCCCUCGGCCAUCGCCGCCAUGCAGAAGUUCUACGGCCUGCAGGUCACGGGCUCCUUCGACGCCAACACCAUCGAGGCCAUGCAGAGGCCGCGCUGUGGCGUGCCCGACAAGUUUGGCGCCGAGUUGAAGAGCAACCUGAGGAGGAAGCGAUACGCCAUCCAGGGACUGAAGUGGAAAAAGAACGACAUCACUUUUUCGAUACAGAACUACUCCCCGAAGGUGGGCGAGUACGAGACCCAGGAGGCCAUCAGGAAGGCCUUCAAGGUGUGGGAGCGCGUGACCCCCCUGCGCUUCCGGGAGGUCCCCUACAGCUACAUCCGAGACAAGGUGGAGGACUUUGCCGACAUCAUGAUCUUCUUCGCCGAGGGUUUCCACGGCGACAGCAGCCCCUUUGACGGCGAGGGAGGCUUCUUGGCACACGCCUACUUCCCCGGCGACGGCAUCGGGGGCGACACCCACUUUGACGCGGCAGAGCCCUGGACCAUCGGGAACCGGGAUCUGAUGGGUAAUGACAUCUUCCUGGUGUCGGUGCAUGAGCUGGGCCACGCUCUGGGUUUGGAACACUCCAGUGACCCCUCUGCCAUCAUGGCUCCUUUCUACCAGUGGAUGGACACCGAGAACUUCAUACUCCCCGACGACGACCUCAGAGGCGUGCAACAACUUUACGGUUCCGGAUCAGGACCACAGCCUCCUUUCGCGACACCACACACCCCCACAGAAACAACUCCGGGCUACCCAGUGGACAAACCUCGUUUCGGUCCCAACAUCUGCGAGGGACACUUUGACACCAUCGCCAUCCUCCGAGGAGAAAUGUUUGUGUUCAAGGACAAGUGGUUCUGGCGGGUCCGCAACAACCAAGUGAUGGAAGGAUACCCCCUGCCCAUGGGCCACUUCUGGAGGGGGCUGCCUUCUCACAUCAACUCGGCUUUCGAGAGGGAGGACGGCACUUUUGCCUUCUUUAAAGGUGACAGGUACUGGGUGUUCACGGAGUCGCUUCUGGACCAUGGUUACCCCAAGAGUCUCAGGGAAAUGGGGAGCGGUCUGCCCAAAGAUCGUAUCGACGCCGCACUUUACUACACGCCCACCGGACAGACCUUCUUCUUCCGAGGGAGCAAGUAUUACCGUUUCAACGAAGCGACGCGUAGCGUGGACGAUGGCUAUCCGAGGCCGGUGAACGUCUGGCAAGGAGUCCCCGACAACAUCAAGUCAGCUUUCAUGAGCAAAGAUCAAGCCUACACCUACUUCUACAAGGCCAACAAAUACUGGAAGUUCAACAACCAGAUGAUGCGCGUGGAGCCCGGAUACCCCAAGUCGGCGCUGCGGGACUGGAUGGGAUGUCCCAACGAGGACUCCAAGACGGACGGGGGCAGGGGCGGCGGCGGCCACGACACGGACAAGGAGAAGGACCACAACGACGAAGACAAGGACAGAACCAGGGACCGGGAGACCGACCGGGAGCGCGAGACCGACCGGGAGCGCGAGAGAGAAACGGAGACGAAGGUGGAGCCGGAGGAUGAGGGGGACACUGAGGUCAUCAUCAUCGAAGUGGACGAGGAAGGGCGCUCGGGAAGCGGCGCGGGGGCGGCGGCGGUGGUCCUGCCCUUGUUCCUGCUGGUGUGCGUGGUCGCCACGCUGGGGGCCCUGCUCUUCCUGCGGCGCUACGGCACUCCGCGUCGACUCCUCUACUGCCAACGCUCUCUGCUGGACAAAGUGUAGGACGGACGGACGCGAGGAAGGAAAGAAGGAAGGAAGGAAGGAAGGAAGGACGGGGACUGAAGGAGAAGCAAGUGGAAGAUGGCGUUCUUGCAAAUGUGAGGGAAAGUGAAACCACUGCAAGUUUCUUUUUUGCUCUGUCACUCGACCACUUCCACCAUUGGUUCUCUGUCCAGCUCACACUUUGUUUGCACACACACACACACACACACACACACACACACACACACACACACACACACACACACACACACACACACACACACACAAACACGCACUCACACACAUUUAUAUAUUUCAUACCUUCUUGGGACCUGAGAAAAUUGCUCACACACUUACACACAAUUAUGUAGUUCAUACCUUCUUGGGACCUGAGAAAAUUGCUCACACACUUACACACAAUUAUGUAGUUCAUACCUUCUUGGGACCUGAGAAAAUUGCUCACACACUUACACACAAUUAUGUAGUUCAUACCUUCUUGGGACCUGAGAAAAUUGCUCACACACUUACACACAAUUAUGUAGUUCAUACCUUCUUGGGACCUGAGAAAAUUGCUCACACACUUACACACAAUUAUGUAGUUCAUACCUUCUUGGGACCUGAGAAAAUUGCUCACGCACUUACACACAUUUAUGCAGUUCAUACCUUCUUGGGACCUGAGAAAAUUGCUCACACACUUACACACAAUUAUGUAGUUCAUACCUUCUUGGGACCUGAGAAAAUUGCUCACGCACUUACACACAUUUAUGUAGUUCAUACCUUCUUGGGACCUGAGAAAAUUGCUCACGCACUUACACACAUUUAUGUAGUUCAUACCUUCUUGGGACCUGAGAAAAUUGCUCACACACUUACACACAUUUAUGUAGUUCAUACCUUCUUGGGACCUGAGAAAAUUGCUCACGCACUUACACACAUUUAUGUAGUUCAUACCUUCUUGGGACCUGAGAAAAUUGCUCAUGCACUUACACACAUUUAUGUAGUUCAUACCUUCUUGCGACCUGAGAAAAUUGCUCACACACUUACACACAAUUAAGUAUUUCACACCUUCUUGGGACCUGAGAAAAUUGCUUGCGCACUUACACACAUUUAUGUAGUUCAUACCUUCUUGGGACCUGAGAAAAUUGCUCACACACUUACACACAUUUAUGUAGUUCAUACCUUCUUGGGACCUGAGAAAAUUGCUCACACACUUACAAACAAUUAUGUAGUUCAUACCUUCUUGGGACCUGAGAACAUUGCUCGCGCACUUACACACAUUUAUGUAGUUCAUACCUUCUUGGGACCUGAGAAAAUUGCUCACACACAUUUAUGUAGUUCAUAGCUUCUUGGGGCCUGAGAAAAUUGCUCACACACAAUUAUGUAGUUCAUACCUUCUUGGGACCUGAGAAAAUUGCUCACACACUUACACACAUUUAUGUAGUUCAAACCUUCUUGGGACCUGAGAAUAUUGCUCACACACUUACACACAUUUAUGUAGUUCAUACCUUCUUGGGACCUGAGAAAAUUGCUCACACACUUACACACAUUUAUGUAGUUCAUACCUUCUUGGGACCUGAGAAAAUUGCCUACCUCCUGAGGACCACCCUUUCUAGAUAUAUAAAGAUUAGUAUUUACAACAUUAAUAAUAUAUACAAACUAUGCAAAUAUAAAAAAAAAAGCUUGUUGUGAAAAAUGAGUUGGAAUUUCACAAGAAAAACUUACAAUUUUGGCAGUAUUUUAUUAGAAGUCGUCAUUUUACUCGACGCAAGUCAAACUUUACAAGAAAAACUGAACAUUUUUGCAAUAUUACAACAAAAGUUUGAAUUGUACUCAAUAACAGUCGCUGUUUUACAAGAAAAGCUCAACAUUUUGGCAAUUUUAUGAAAAGGGUCGUCAUUUUGCUCGACAAAAGUCACAAUUUUUAUAAGAUAACUUGAAAGUUUUAGCAUAGGACUUUAUCGUCAUUGCACAAGUACAACAAAACUUUGUUGUAAAAAAAGAUUUUGGUAAUAUUAUAACAAUAAUCAUAAUUUUACUUAGCAAAAUUAUUAGUCAUAAUUUUACUCAAAAAAAUGUCACUGUUUUUCAAGAACAACCAAAAAAAUUGGCAAUAUUGUGAUAAAAGUCUGAAUUUCAUAUGACUAUCACCAUUUUGCAAAGUAAUACUUUUACAUUUUAAAAAAAUUUAUAAUUGCCAUGUUACAGAAACAGAAAGAAUAUGAAAAAUUGUCCCCAAUUUUAUAAGAAGAAAGUCGAUACAUUGUGAGAAAAAAACAGUUUUUAGUAUAAAAAAAUAUAUAUUUUAAAUUUUUAGUUUGUAAUUGUUUUUUAAUCGUCAUAAUUUACUUCAAGUUAUUACAGAAGGUCUCUAUAUACAUUUUUAUUUUGUAUAUAUAUUUUGGCCAAAGGGGUCGCAUUUCAAUUUCUUACACACACUUGUUGUUUCAUAUGUUGACCCAGCUGUAGAAGCUAACUGUUAAUGGUCACUAUAGUCUUAGUACCGCAGUGUAUUUGUUCAUUCUAUGGUCACAUAUGGGACGUUUACUUUUCUAUGCACAUUAAAUCAACAAAUAAUCCUAACUUUGGAGCAAUGUUCACGGACUCUAGUAUUCGGCUCUCUAUUAGAUGCAAUGGUUUUCCGUAUUGGGACCAUGGUAUAUGUUCUCACUUGUUCACCGGUCCUCAGUAGUGUAUUUGUUCAUCCAAUGGUAUUGCACAUCAAACCAACAAAAAAUCCUGACUUUGGAGCAAUGUUCACGGACUCUAGUAUUCGGCUCUCUAUUAGAUGCAAUGGCUUUCCGUAUUUGUAUCAUGAUUUAUGUCCUAACUUGUUCACCGGUCCUCAGUAGUGUUUUUUGUUCAUCCUAUGGUCACAUAUGUGACGUUUACGUUUGUAUGCACAUUAAAUCAACAAAUAAUCCUAACUUUGGAGCAAUGUUCACGGACUCUAGUAUUCGGCCCUCUAUUAAAUGCAAUGGCUUUCCGUAUUGUGAUCAUGAUUUAUGUCCUAACUUGUUCACCGGUCCUCAGUAGUGUUUUUUGUUCAUCCUAUGGUCACAUAUGGGACGUUUACUUUUGUAUGCACAUUAAAUCAACAAAAAAUUCCUAACUUUGGAGCAAUGUUCACAGACUCUCUAUUAGAUGCAAUGGUUUUCCGUAUUGGGACCUUGAUUUCGGUCCUAACUUAUGGAAGGUAAUUUUUCUUUUUGAUGUCUCAAGAAGGGUAGAAAUACAACACACACACACACACACACACACACACACACACACACACACUUGUGUUUUUUUAACCUCCCAGUAGAACGAGCCAGUGUGAAGCGUAAAAAAAAAAAAAAGGGCAAGAAACAUCAUAAACUGUGUUGUUGUUUUUUAUAUCAGCGAUGAUGUUGUCAUUAUUAUCAUUAUGACUCUUGUUGUUAUUGUGUGUCACAUUGUGUUGUUUUUGUGUCAUUAAAACGUCCUGCUGGACAGCGACAUUCGCUUUUGAAAGUGGCCUAAUUUUAUAUGUGGGAAUAGUGAAUUAUUUGUGUUCUUGACUGCUUGAAAAAUAAAUCAGUGAUCUGAAACAUGAUUUUUUGUCAUCGUACCAUUUUUUGUAAUUUUUUUUGCAAUUUUUAAAAAAAUUUUUAUUUUUGGACGCUACGGUGCUAACUCGACCAAUCAGGGUUCCUCACAGCAGCGAUGACGAUACUAGUGAUGAUUGUAAUAAUGAUAACAAGGAUCCUCCAUUGUGCCUCUGUUCUUAUUUGCGGUGUUUCUGGAAACUGCCUUCAAAAUAAAAGACAUUUGGAAAGUA